CCUGCGCAGAAACAACGAACUAUUAGAAAUAGUUGAUUGCUACGUACGUUCUGCUGACAGUAAAAAUAACAAGAAUAGACUUUUGUUAUGCAUGAGCCAGAUACAGAAGAUAUUGAAAUUACUAAUUGAAGUAACGCAAAUAAAGGAGCCAAAUCUGUUUGGUAUAAAGGAGAUAACCAACUACCUGGGUAAGCGGCUGGAAUGGUGUGUUGAGGAGUGCGAGCGAGUUCUCGGCAAAAACAAAGAGACUGUUAGUAACGAUGACUGCUACGGCAGAUUUGUGAAGCGUGUGGAUAGGGCUUUGCUGUUGAUCUCUGAAGGCCUCAACUGCAGUACUCAGUCCGACAUCACCAAGUGGAAACCUGUUGUCGACGACAUCAUUUGUCAAUCACUCACAAUCGCUGCUAUGGCUGCACCAAUCGACUCUGAAGAAAUAACGGCUAGCUGUCAAAAGGUUCUUGGUGAAUGCAAGCGUCUUGAAGAGGAGUGCAAAGAGUCAGUGACAUCAUUGCAGAGCAAUUUCUUGGCUGAUUGGAUUCUGCAAUUGGAGCGAAGAGUUAGCGCUGCACUGCUUCGACUCGUAGUCAACACGUUUUCAGAUUACUCAGAACCAUUGAAACGACUUAUUUUGGCGAUUGAUGAGGAAAAAUGUAAUGUUUUAUCGAGGAAGCCUUCAGAUCUGGACGAGAUUGUCGACAACUUUGAUCGUCAUUCGGAUUGUAUACAGCACAUAGCAUUGUUCGCUUUGGCGUGUUCCGAAUAUUCGAAAAAUGUGUUGAAAGUUCGGUGCUGCCUGGCAAGUGUGGAGUCUUUGGAGGACAGCCUGGUGCCGGCAGCGAUGGCCCUCUACAUGGACCCCAAGCAUCCGGGCAAGCGACUUCUGCUCAAGUUCCUCGUCUCGGUGUGGCUCGACGAAGUCAGGUCGCUGGAAGAGUGCCUCGAUUGUAUCAUCGAUCCUGUUGCCUUCACUGCUGUAACAUUGGAAAGCAUUGAGACGUUAUCUGAAGAAGUAGUUACAGAAAGCAAUAGAAACGCUCAGCCACUGAUUGCAAUUAUGUUGCGAACGAACCGUUUGUACCGGCAUCUGAACACAAAUUCAAUAGAAAAAGAGAGGAAACUAAGUGCAAGUAAGUAUUUUUCAAGUACUGCUACAAUGUAACAAUAUUAAUAUACU